AUGCAUUCGACGCUGGUGCGCGUGCAGAAUGUGUUCGGCUUCUUCACGACGGUAGCGUUUUCUGUUGCGGCAGUCAUUGCGCUUUCGACUUUCAUACAUCCACAGACACCCAAGGCCACCGUGGGGCUAAGGAAUGUGCAGGUGGUAAGAGGGAGACCGCAUUACUACAGUUACAAAAGGGAGGAGUACGCGCAUAUAAAGUUUGAUCUGGAUACUGAUCUAUCCACGCUCUUCAACUGGAACACUAAGCAAGUCUUCCUCUACCUCAAAGCCGUGUACCCCUCCACCAAAGCUGGCGAACCCGAUUCGGAAGCCAUUAUCUGGGACGCCAUCCUCCCCGGCGCCGCCGCACCCUGGCACCAAAACCACUACAUCCACCCAACCCCAAAGGGUACCAAGAAGCCCAAAAACUCCAAAGCAUCCCCCGCAAGAUCCCACAUGCCUGCCGGUAUCGUCAAGCUCGACAAUCAGCGCCCGAAAUACCAGAUUACAGAUAUUUCAGGGAAGCUGCAGAAUAGAACGGACGUGAGGUUGGAGUUGGGUUGGAAUGUGCAGCCGUGGGUGGGCGCGCUGUUGUGGGAGAAUUGGCAGGAUUAUGGCAUGUGGAAGGGGCUGCAAGGCGGAAAGAGCGAACUGUUCAAUUUUCCGGAGAUUGGGGCUAAGAGCGCGAAGAAAGAGAAGUUGGAUGUGGAGAAGGGUAAAGAGGGACAUCGGUUGAUGGCUGGUCAGGAGCAGCCCAGGAAGAACAACUAG